UGAGUUGUAAAACUGUUUACCCAAGUAGAAGUUAGCGAGCUGAGCUGUGACUUCUCCGCCCCAUGUGAGAGGCGUCUAUUUUAGACUCAGGUUGUGUUGGUGAUCCCCAGAGAGCAGUCUUUGAAGAAUUGCAGCCCCGAUUUCCUUUGAAAGUACUUGGGGAGACCUCACAGCUUCCCCCGACUGGGAAGGGAAAUAUGGAAUGUGUUUUACCGCUGACUGAACACAACCCAAUGAACUGUCCUGACAGUAGUUUGAAAACCAGCAGCUAGCAGUUUGUGCAGCUCCAGCAUCAUCCGGCACUUUCCAGAGCAGACUCAUUGUUUACGAGAACUCUCGGCCUGACAACGUUUGAACCUCAAGCUCGGUGGCUUUCAAAUACUUCUGCAAAAGAAAAGUACCCGGAGCCGCCUUUCCAGAAUGGCCACAGAUGAGUAUCUGUGGAUGGUCAUCUUGGGUUUUUUCAUAGCUUUUAUCUUGGCGUUUUCCGUGGGUGCCAAUGACGUUGCCAAUUCGUUUGGUACCGCCGUGGGCUCGGGCGUGGUGACCUUGAGGCAGGCCUGCAUCCUGGCUUCAAUCUUUGAAACUACCGGCUCGGUGUUACUGGGGGCCAAAGUCGGAGAGACCAUCCGCAAAGGCAUCAUUGACGUGAACCUGUACAACCACACUGUGCAGACGCUCAUGGCCGGGGAGGUCAGCGCCAUGGUCGGCUCGGCCAUCUGGCAGCUCAUUGCAUCCUUCCUGAGGCUCCCGAUCUCGGGGACUCACUGUAUUGUUGGGGCCACCAUUGGAUUCUCCCUCGUCGCAAUUGGUACAAAAGGUGUGCAGUGGAUGGAGCUGGUCAAGAUUGUUGCUUCUUGGUUUAUAUCUCCGCUGUUGUCUGGUUUCAUGUCUGGCGUGCUGUUUGUACUGAUCAGAAUGUUCAUCUUAAAAAAGGAGGAUCCCGUUCCCAACGGCCUCCGGGCGCUUCCCGUGUUCUAUGCUGCUACCAUCGCGAUCAAUGUGUUUUCCAUCAUGUACACAGGAGCCCCAGUGCUGGGCCUGGUCCUUCCCACGUGGGCGAUCGUGCUCACCUCCUUCGGGGUCGCGCUGCUGUCUGCCCUCUUCGUGUGGCUCUUCGUGUGUCCGUGGAUGCGGAGAAAGAUAGCAGGCAAAUUACAAAAAGAAAGUGCUUUAUCGCGAGUCUCUGAUGAAAGCCUCAACAAAAUUCAGGAAGCGGAGUCCCCAGUAUUUAAAGAGCUACCGGGUGCCAGGGCUCAUGACGACAGCACCGUCCCCCUCACCGGGUCAGCCGCGGAGCCGUCUGGGACCUCAGAAAGCAUGACAGGGGGACACCACCCCCGCGUACCAUACGGCCGGGCGCUGUCCAUGACGCACGGCGCCAAGUCGCCCGUGUCUAACGGGACCUUCGGCUUCGACGGCCCGGCGCGCGGCGAUGGCCACGUGUACCACACGGUGCACAAGGACUCGGGGCUCUACAAGGACCUGCUGCACCGCAUCCGCGACGAGCGGCCGGCGCCGGACGGGGCCCCGCGGCUGCUGCGGCGCAACAACAGCUACACGUGCUACACGGCGGCCAUCUGCGGGGUGCCCGGCCUGGCCACGCGCCGCAGCGACACGCCCGCACCCGAGGACAGCGAGAAGCUGGUGGCCGACGCCGUGGCCUACUCCCGCCGGCGGCUGCGCUACGACAGCUACUCCAGCUACUGCAACGCCGUGGCCGAGGCCGAGAUCGAGGCCGAGGAGGGCGGCGUGGAGGUGCGGCUGGCCACCCCGCUGGCCGAGCCCGAGCCGCCGCGCGACGACACGGCGGACGACGAGAAGGAGAAGGACUCGGCCGAGGUCCACCUGCUCUUCCACUUCCUGCAGGUCCUCACCGCCUGCUUCGGCUCCUUCGCGCACGGUGGCAACGACGUGAGUAAUGCCAUUGGUCCCCUGGUAGCUCUGUGGCUGAUUUAUGAACAAGGUGCGGUCCUACAAGAAGCAGUGACUCCCGUCUGGCUGCUGUUUUACGGAGGGGUUGGAAUUUGUACAGGCCUCUGGGUUUGGGGGAGAAGAGUGAUCCAGACCAUGGGGAAGGACCUCACCCCCAUCACGCCGUCCAGCGGCUUCACCAUCGAGCUGGCCUCGGCGUUCACCGUGGUCACCGCCUCCAACGUCGGGCUGCCCGUCAGCACCACGCACUGCAAGGUGGUCGAAGCGACUCAAUUGCCUUCGAGUGAAUUCCGGAUGAUAUUAACCACUGUCAUGUGCUCUGGAACUCAGUGGGAGAGGGAAUUCCUUGUCUAGUACAUGGACUGUUGGAGCCACAAGGAACCUUAAAGAUGAAGGAAGAGGAAAUAGGCCCCGCGAGUUUCAGGGAGUUACCCAAGGACCCCCGGGGUUGGCCGGGGCUGGAACCCAGGCCUCGUAACCCAGGGCUGCCCAGUACCUGGAGGAAUUCUAAAAUAUCUCCAAUGGGCCCCCUGUAUACAAAUAUACCCACCAACAACUUCAACAAAGCAAAAGCGACUUGCGGAUUUUCCUAGGUUCGUAGAUUCCUGUCAUUCCAGAAAAGCUUGUUUGUUCCCACUCUGGGCACUGAGGGUACCGCAGUGACCAAGACAUAGAUGGGCUCUCCAUUUACACACAGCCUGAAAACUCCAACCAGUGUGUCUGUAAACAAGCACCGCUAAAUGUGAAAGGCUUAUAAAAAAAGAAUGAAAUCAUGCCAUUUGCAGCAACAUGGAUGGACCUAGAAAUGAUCAUACUCAGUGAAGUAAGUCAGACAGAGAAAGACAAAUACCAUAUGAUAUCACUUAUAUGUGGAAUCUAAAAAAUGAUACAAAUGAUCUCAUUUACAAAUCAGGAACAGACUCACAGACAUAAAAAACAAACUUAUGGUUACCAAAGGGGUAACGGAGGAAGAGGGAUAAAUUAGAGGUAUGGGAUUAACAUACACACAGCUAUAUGUAAAAUAGAUAAACAAUGAGGACCUACUGUAUAGCACAGGGAACUAUACUCAAUGUCUUGUGAUAACCUAUAAUGGAAAAGAAUCUGAAAAUAUAUAUAUAUGGCUGAAUAAUUUUACUGUACACCUGAAACUAAUACAACAUUGUAAAUCAAUUAUACUUCAAUUAAAAAAUUAAGUACAAAUAGGACCACUAGCCUCUAGGUUUCAGUUUCUAAUCUGGAAGAUGAAAGGGCUACCUUAGAUGACUCGUAAUGUCGAUGCUGUCUGGUUCCCCUACUUCUCAGUAAUUCUGUUGCUGUUAGUGCCUGGUGAUGGACUUAAUCUGGAAACACACUCGGCUUAUUAAGAGGCAAGUCGGAACGCAGCAAAGAAUACCACCUUAUAUCAACAAAAGACCUCAUCAGUAGUGAAGACAUGGGACUCUGGGCCCCUUGUGAUCCAAAUAGCAUAACAACUAAAAACAUAAGGCAAAAGCUGUUAGAACUCAGAAAUUAAUGUGUCAAAGUCUGUGACAAACGAAGAAAACAGAAGUACUUAGGAUUAUAAAGGAUUUGAUUUAUAGCAGUAUAAUUAAUAAAUAUAUAUCAAAUUUUUAUGCCUUCUUGUGAAGUAUCAUGAAACAUUUAUAAAAAUUAGUCAUAAAUUCAGAAGACCACGGUAAAAAUCACAACU